AUGUCUUGUCCGAUUACAGCCACUAAAUUUAUCGGGACCGUAUCCCUGGGCCUGCUCACUGGCGUGUCUUACUCCACGGCAGUUAUAACCAUUCCAACCUUACGAGCCCUACCCACGGCUUCACAUGCCGCCCGCGCCCUGAAAGAAGCAAAGCGACGCUCGCGCAAACACGCGUUCCGGCUGUCGAAUCUAACAAGCACUUGUCUCUUCUUCGCCUGGUUCGUCGCAUCGAAGCGCAAGAAGCAUCCUUAUCUGAUUUGGGUAUCCUUGACAUCCGCCAUCAGCUCUUUUGGAAUCGACUUCUGGUUCAAUAGACAGUUGGGUUUGGGUGGCUGGCUGCGCAGCGUCGUGGAAGACAUCGACUUCCCAUCUCUUAUUGUCAAGAAAACUUCUUCUGGGACGACUUCUCCUUCGACAAAGCAGGAAGAAGAUUUGGUUGUGGUCGAAGCAGGCUUUAAUGGAGAAACAGUAGAGCGUGACAUGGCUCGUGAACAGUCUCAUCAGUUUGUCCGUUCCUUGCUGUCCGGCGCUGCGCUUUCAAUGGCGAUCGUGGGACUUUGGGGCGACGGCGCCUGA